UAAGUUUUGUGCAAAACACUUGCGCAUUUGUGCAGCGCACCUUGGGAGCACUGAAACUCAAAAAGUCCCAAACAGCAAAAAUUCUUUUACGUCGGCGCAAAGGGCAACUGAUCUCCUCAAGGGAACCUGUUUGCCUUGCUUAUUUUUUCACGUAAUUCUGUUGGCCUCGAGCUUUUGUGAAAAAUGCCUCAGAACGAGUAUAUCGAAGAACACAUCAAGAAGCAUGGACGGCGGUUAGAUUACGAGGAGCGCAAGCGGAAGAAAGAGGCGCGUGAGUCUCACCGUAUCUCCAAGGAUGCUCAGCGCCUGACCGGUUUCCGAGCCAAGAUGUUUGCAAAGAAGAGACAUCAGGAGAAGAUUGAGAUGAAGAAGAAAAUCAAGCAGCACGAGAAGUCAAACGUCGCGAACCAGACAAGCACCCCUGACGACCCCGAUGGAUUGCCGGCUUACUUGCUCGACCGUCAAAACACAAACCAGGCAAAGGCGCUCUCGACUUCCAUCAAGCAGAAGCGUAUGGAGAAGGCUGCCAAGUUUGCUGUUCCGUUGCCCAAGGUUCGUGGUAUUUCUGAGGAGGAGAUGUUCAAGGUUAUCAAGACCGGAAAGACCAGACGGAAAGGCUGGAAGCGUAUGAUCACAAAGCACACCUUCGUCGGCGAGGGCUUCACCCGUCGCCCCGUCAAAUUCGAGCGGAUCAUCAGACCUUCUGCCUUGCGUCAAAAGAAAGCAAACGUCACUCACCCUGAACUCGGCGUCACCGUCCAUCUCCCGAUCCUGUCCGUCAAGAAGAACCCGCAGAACCCGCUCUACACCCAGCUCGGUGUUUUGACCAAGGGAACCAUCAUCGAAGUCAACGUCAGUGAGUUGGGCUUGGUCACCGCCGGUGGCAAGGUUGUCUGGGGUAAAUAUGCGCAGGUCACGAAUGAGCCUGACCGUGAUGGUUGCGUGAAUGCCCUUCUAUUGGUUUAAAUCGGUGGAUCGUUCGAUGUUUUUGCAUUAAUGGUAUGAAAGACGUUAUAUAUGUUUUUUUCUCGAUUGCGAUUAUGGUAUGCUUGGUUUUCUGUUUGCUCGGUUUUCUUUUACAGUUUUGUUUUCUCUCUAAAAAGUGAUGGGCGGUUUGUAAACCUUGGUCUUUUAUGUUUUCAUUAGAUCUAUCAAAUCUCAAUAUAAUAUCAACACCA